AUGGCUGACUUCGGAUCAGUUAUGGCUUAUUAUAAUAAGCUGAAGUCCCUCGCCGAUCAGCUUGCCAACGUGGGGUCGCCGGUGUCCGACCAACGUAUGGUUUUGCGCCUCCUUGCGGGCUUGCUGGAGACAUAUGCACACUUUUUCACAACUAUCCAGCAGAAGGACGUGCUGCCCUCUUUCUUUGAAGUGUGCCCCAGACUCAAGCUCAAAGACGCCGCUGCCAAGGAACGAGCCCGCGAUUCUGGUCCCGCGGCCCUCAUUGUUGAUAAUGAUGCUCCCUCACCGCCACCGCCACCGCCACCUGGAGGUAACAAUAAUUCAAACAACCGUAAUUAUCACAAUCGUGAUAAUAAUCGUGGCAGGAAUUACAACAAGAACAAGGGAAAGGGAAAUAACAACACCAACAACCACGGGAAAUCUGGCCGCGGCGGCGGCGGACAGACCAGCCACCACCAGUCGCCGACGGCCCAGCCACCACCAGGGGGCUACUACUGGCCUGCCUGGCCACCACAGCAAUGGGCAUUGCCCCCCUGUCCAUAUCCAACAAGGCCAUGGCAGCAGCAUCCCUCGACGCCAAGGCCCAAUGGCAUUCUUGGUGCAGGUCCACGCCCAUCUCAGCAGGCCUAUUCCAUGCAUGGUCCAUCCUAUUCUGGGUAUACUCCAACAGACGUAGAGGCCUCCAUGCACACUUUGUCCAUGCAUCAACUGGAUGAUAAUUGUUCUGUGAUUGUGUUAGCUUUAUAUGCAAGUUUAGAUUCACCUGGUGUUUUAAGUUUACAUUUGUUGGCUGGUAUGUCAUUGGAUUAA